UUGGGCUCACGGCCCCAGCCUCCCAGCUCUCAAGGCCCGGCCGGUCUGAGCCUGCUUCUCCCGCCGUUAGGCCCCGCCCCGCACAGCGCGCGCAGCCUGCGGAGCCCGCGACCGUGACGAGACAGAGAUUUGGCUGUGACGCGAGCGCGACCGCUCCCGAGGCGCUCGUGCCGCCCCCGCCGUGAUCCUCGGCAGCCGCUGCUCGGCCGAUUUUGGCAGGGGCCCGGCUUCCGCCCGCGCCCGCACCCGCCAUGGACGACUACGCGGGUCUUUCGGAUACCGAGCUGGCCGCCGUGCUGCGCCAGUACAACAUCCCUCACGGGCCAGUUGUCGGGUCUACUCGUAAGCUUUACGAGAAGAAGAUCUUCGAGUACGAGACCCAGAGGCGGCGGCUCUCGCCCCCCAGCUCGUCCGCCGCCUCCUUCUCCUAUCGAUUUUCUGACUUGAAUUCGGCGUCAGUGGAUUCAGAUAUGUAUGAUCUUCCCAAGAAAGAGGACGCCUUACUCUACCAGAGCAAGGGCUACAAUGACGACUACUAUGAAGAGAGCUACUUAACUACCAGGACUUAUGGGGAGCCCGACUCUGCGGGCCAGUCCAGGGGCUUCCGCCAGUCUGCGACUUCACUCCCAGAUGCUGACACUUUCCACCACCAGGUGCGUGAUGACAAUCUUUUGUCGUCUUCUGAAGAGGAGUGCAAGGAUAGGGAACGCCCCAUGUACGGCCGGGACAGUGCCUACCAGAGCAUCGCGCACUACCGCCCUGUUUCAGCCUCCAGGAGCUCCCUGGGCCUGUCCUAUUAUCCUACCUCCUCCUCCACCUCUUCUGUGUCCUCAUCUUCAUCUUCUCCUUCAUGGCUUACCCGCCGAGCCAUCCGGCCAGAAAAGCAUGCUCCUGGGGCUGGGCUGGGCCACGAUCGCCAGGUCCCGCUCUGGGGCCAGCUGCUGCUUUUCCUGGUGUUUGCAAUCUUCCUCUUCUUUGUUUACUACUUCAUGCAGGCCGAGGAAGGCAACCCCUUCUGGAGGGAGCCCUGAGGGUCUGGCCUUCAGAGCCAGUUCUUCUGGGGAAGUCCUGGCUGACUGCCUUAGCAGUGGGGGUGGGGGUGGGGGCUUUUGUGUGUGUUCUCGCUUUGGGGGUGCUGGCCUAGCCCAGAGUAGUGCUUGCUCCCCUGCCUUGUCCCACCAGGGAGGCAGCAGACUCAGGCCCUCCAUGGUCUGGGGGACCUGGGUGCGCUUUCCUCUCCAGCCUCCUGGCCCUGCUUGCCUGUAACCCUUAGGGUCCAGGAGGGCAAGGCCUCGCUCCAUCAGAGGAGAACAUGGUUAUUGUUGUCAUGCAUGCCUCCUUUUAGUUGUCAUCUUGUUGAGGGGAUUAACUGAAGGCCACCAUGACUUUGUUUUCGUGGACACACAAUAAAAACCCCAUUUAUUUUUAA